UUUUAUUCCAGGUAUAAAAGCCUAAGCUGCAUUGUUUGAAGGCUUUAGUAGACAAAUCAAAUAAACGCCGUGAGCAAUAUCCAAGUCAAACAAAUCAAAAGGCAAACAAGCGAAAUACACACUCACACGCGCAUCCACAUACAAUGCAGGGAUAUUUGAAAAUGACGAGCUCUGUGCUGCUAUUGCUCCUGUUAGUGUUGGUCGUGGAAAUUAACUGUGGUGAGCGUAGUAUCAGGCCGACAAGGACGAUCAAUGACAGCGAGGAGGAAGGCUUAUACACGCCUGAUUUAAGAGGCAUUUAUGUGGCCGGCAAUGCUGGGCAAUAUGUGCCAGAUAACACUGGUUAUUAUCACCCGACCGGCGAGGAAGGCAGGUGGUCGCCCGAUGGUUUGGGUGUCUAUCACGAUGAUCUGAAGUGGCGCUAUGUGGCGGACAAUAGUGGAGCAUGGGUGCCAGACAACAACGGCAAUUAUGAUUCAUCGCAAGAGGCACAAGGUGUCUACCAUCCAGACGGUAGUGGCGUUUAUCACGCGGAUAAUACAGGCGCCUAUUCUGCGAAAUACUACUGAGCAGUUUAAUAACUUAGAAAGCAAUCGAAAUUGAAUGCAAUUGAUAUUUGAGACGUGUGAAUGAACGACGUGGGAAAUUUUCAAAAACAACAAAAAAAAAUUUACGAUAACUUAUGACUGCCUUAAGUGAAUUGAAUAAAUUGUGGCUCGUUUUAUGCAAAUAUCAUUUUGUA